UGGACACGGGGUAAGAUAAAUAAGCCGCAUUUAACAGAGUAAGAUAUAGAGUGUGCUGGGACCAGCCGAGACGAAGCUGAACAAGACUCCUCCGACCAGAUGGCGUUCACGAGAGAGAAUAUGUCAGACAGAGUGGAAGUCCAUGUGCGCCCCGGCGAGGUGUUAUCGGAAACCGAAGAGGCGCAAUGCUGUACGGCGGACGGAUGCAGAAAAACGUUUAGGAAGCGUCGGAAUCUAAAACGGCACUUACAGGAGAAGCAUGGGCCUAUUGUUCGGAAGUUUGUCUGCCCUUACUGCGACCAGCUGCAGGCAAGCAGGCGUGACGACAUCGGGAAGCACAUCCGCAAAUGGCACCAAGACAGGCCAACAGUGGAUCUUGCAACAAUACAAUAUGUUGAGUCGCGCAGAGGGGAGCUGAAACUAGAUAGAGCCGCUACCACCAGGAAAGUGGACAAGGAAACAAGUAAGAAAGAAGAAGUCGGCACAAAGAGAAGAAGGAUCGAGUACCCUGAGGUCAAAGGAGGAAAGCAUACCGGAAAGGAGAAGGAAAUAGACCCUGCAUCACCACGACCCAAUACACUCACCCUGUUGGACCUUCCUCGGGAAGAAACAAACUCAAAACCCAAUAAAGUUGCCGUUAACAUCAAUACCAUCAGCUCAGCCUGGAACCUCGCUCCCCUAGGCACGUCUCCUGGAAUAGAGCUAAGACAGAAGAAUGGGAGGGCGAAUCUACGGAUGAAGCGACUGAGAGAUAGGAUAGGAAAAUUACAGGAGGACUUAAAGCAGGAAGAAGUAUUUAGCGACCGGUUACGAGACGAAAUAAGGAAGGAGGAAGAGAGCAUUGUAAAGGAGGAAAGAAGACGAGCUUGCGAGAUGGAACAGCGAUGUAGAGAGAAGAAAGGAGAAGUAGAAAGGGGCUGGCAGCAGACGCUAGCUAGGAAGGAGGAGUUGAUUAAGACCCUCCAGCACCACGUGCAGGAGAUGAAGGCCACGGCGGCGAUACACGAACGGGACCCCAUCGGUCACCUGAGGCAGGAGCAGGUGCUGGACCUCCUGCGCUCCAAGGGAUGGGACCUGGCCGUGGAGAAGCCGACGAAGGAGGAUAGGGAUCUGACUCCAGCGAUACCUCCAGCGACAGCAGUUCGUCCAGUGAGGCAGAGUAAAUGUAGCGUGAAUAGGUAGUUUACUAAAAGGUGAUUAUAUAUCAGGUAUUUUAUACUUUUAUAAGUUGUGAUGUAAAAUUUAUAUGAAGCGAAACGUAAAAAGAUGUGAUCGUAGUAGAACGUAUACACCGUAGUCAGUAUACAGUAGUAUUUUCUAGUGCCAUGUCUAUUAUCGAGAUAGUACAGUAUGUAAAAUGUUUAAUUGCAUGACUUGUGAUAUAAAAUGCGUGUAUAAUAUUUUGUUUUAAAAGUCACCCAUCUCAUCUGGGGACAGAUGACUUUAAGGAGGGGGGAGUGUGAUGAUUCUAUAUUUAUCAUCUAUAUACAACAGGUGCUAUAGAGAGGUGUAUGUACAGGUGUAUUUGUCAGUAUUAAAACUCCUAAAAGAUUU